GAGCGAUGAGAGUUGUCUUACAGAAGAACACGUCGCUCUGACACCGAGUCUCACAAGCAGACGGCUGGUGAACAUUCGAUUAAAGCGUUCCGCGUGAAUUUAUUAGUUAUUUAGAGUUUGUGGAGACGUCACCAGCAGCCAUGGCUGGCAAGAUCUACCAGGCGUACCGUAACUUCGGUUAUCCGACGAUGUACGGAGAGAACCUGAACCCCGUCACAGCCGACGUUCUCAUCGCUGGCUUCAUAUUCGCGACGGCGAUCGUGGCUUUCUCCUUCGUCAUUGUAUUGCCGGGUGUGCGCGGGAAAGAGCGAUGGACUUUACUAAUUAGAGGCACUUUUAGCAUCGUGCUGGGUGCCAUCAUCAUGAUUACAAACUAUGGGCAAGAGUGGGAAGUAGGAGACCUGCAUCUUCACGUUCCCUACAAAGCCUUCACGCCCACUGAGGUGGACGCCGAGUUAGGAGUUAAGAUAGGCCUUCGCAGUGUCAACAUAACAAUGAAAGCUCCGAAUGAUAACGAAUUGAACGAAACGAUCAACUACAACGAGAGAUUCACAUUUGGAUGGCAGCAAGGGCGGCUGGGAUUUGGCCCUUCUGCUAGCCAGUUCAAUCGUGAGUUCCGAGUAGCACAGUUCACGGGCCUGCCUCUACCUAUUCUAUGGAUUGCUGAGUACUUCACGUUGGAUGGGGAAGGCAUACGCUGGGGCCGCCAUUAUCGUCAAGCUGGCUUCUACGCUCAUGUGUUGAUGUGGUUGGCGUUUCCCUUCUGGAUACUCAGCAACAUCCUGUUCUUCAUGGUGAUUCGCUACGGGGCGCUGCUGCUGGGGAUGACUGGUGGCUGCAUGGUGCUGGCAAACAUUCUCUACGCCGCCAUACGUAACUAUAACGAGCUCGUGAUCCCGUUCGGAGGAGACGCGGCCAUCACAUUCCAUUGGGGAUGGAGCUUCUGGUUAGCUCUCAUCGCAGGUAUCGUCAGCGUACUCGUCGCCGCCGUCAUCUAUUUCAUGGAUCUUCGAUUUCCCGAAGCGAUACACGCUUUCUUCGGAGUGGACAUCCUCCAGGAUUACGAGGAAUACUACGCAGACACUGAAGAGGUGGAUCAGAACAAAGAGCCAAACGGAUUAACUGAGCCUGUGGCCUCAGGUAGCCGAGACCAACUAACGAUACACGAGGAGGGAGCCGACGUGGAAGGAAACGAACCCCAAGUAGUCUCGUCUGCACCUAUCAUGAGACGUCGCGCAGGAACAAGGUUCCAGAAAUCGCUAAUUAAGAAGCCGAAAGUGUCGCCGAGAGCGAGACAAGAUGCUGGCUCGACUCUAGCACCGCAGCAUGCGAACUCAACUGUACCGGACACCGAGGACAUGCCGCUAUACGAAAACAUCAGUAGGGAUAACGAGGGGCAGGGAAACACAGGCUACGGAGCAACUGAAAUGAAAGUAAUGGGGUGAGACGCUGUGACCCUACCAUCUCUUCCGCUCUACGCACGCAUUCAUGUAAAUAAGUGCGUGAUGAUGUCACUUGUCAUUUAAUGACUAUGGAAUUUUCACACAAUAUCAUUCUGGUGCGCAUGGACAGUCGUGGACGUGAUCCUAGAUUACGUGUGAACCCGUCAAUUAGUGAAUACCCCCGUAAGAGACCUAGAGUCUUAUAAUGAUGCGAUAAUACAUGCCUAUAUAAGUUACCUUUAUACAUGAAGAGUUAGGAAACAACCAGUUGUAGCGGACUUUCUCAGCGACGCAAUAUUAUGUGGCAUAGACUAUCGAUGCACGUGCACAUAUAAGCACCAGGGGCGUGUACAGGGGGGGGGGGUCCGGACGCCCCCCCUUGCUCGCGCAGAAAACGCAUCUGAGGGGGCAUAAUUACAAAAAAUUUCUGUGGGUAUAGGGCCCCCAGACAUCCCCUUCGCGUGCUCGCAAGUUUGGGUUACGGUUAGACUCCCCCCCCCCCUGGUACAAAUCCUGUACACGCCCCUGAGCACAUGGUUAGGAGAAUAAUCAAAAUUACUUGAAAAUUUUCUUCCCUGUGGUUCACCCGUUUGACCAUUUGGCGGCUCGUGUGGGUACACAUGCAACGGCAUGCCCUCAGCAAAUCUACUCACUACUUGCUUGCUUACUUGUGUAAAAUACUUGGCAACUCACUGUAUAAAUUCGCAUAGAAAAUGCUCGAUUGCAUAAUAAAUACAGAUGAUCACACACGCGCUUGUACAGCGGCCAGUCGAGAAUCAAUAUGAAUGUACUCAUGGUAAUAUUGUCAUACAUGUAAUAAAUAUGUAAUUAGAUAAUUGGAA